AUGUAUGGUGCCAAUACAAUUGUAGUAGACGCACUUGGUCCAGAUACAAUUGGAGCAGAUACAACUGAUCCAACUGAAGCCGGUACAAUUAGUCCAUAUACAAUUGGAGCAGAUAGGUGUGACCCAAAUACAAUUGGAGGAGUUACGAUUGGUCCAGUUACUAUUGAAGCAGAUACAAUUGGUCCUGAUAAAAACGGAGCAGAUGCAGUUGGUCCAGAUACAAUAGAAGAUGCAUACUGUCCAGUCUUAAUUGGAGCAGAUACGUAUGUUUCAGAUACAAUUGAAUUAGAUGCACUUGAUCCAAAUUUAAUUGGAGCAUAUACAAUUGGUCCAUAUACAAUGGAGCAGAUGAUUUACCCCGGAUACAAGAGAAGAAGCAUCAAUCCAGUCAGAAUUGGAGCGGAUUCAAUUGGUCCAAAUACAAUUAGAGAAGAUGAAAUUGGUCCAGAUGAUAAUUUAAGCAGAUACGUAUGGUCCAGAUACAAUGAAGCAGAUACAAAUGGUCCAUAUACACUUGGAGCAGGAACGUACGGUCCAGAUAAGAAUGGAGCAAACACAAUCGAUCCAGAUACAAACGAAGGAGAUACAUCUAGUUCUGAUACAAUUGCAGCAGAGAAAAGAUGUCCGGAUACAUUUGGUAGACAUAUAGUUGAAACAGAUACGUAUGGUCCAGAUACAAACGGUCCAAUUGAAGAUACGGUCGGUCCAGAUCCAAUUGAAGCCGGUACAAUUGGUCCAUAUUUAGUUGGAGCAAAUACGUAUGAUCCUAAUACAAUUGGAGGAGUUACGAUUGGUCCAGUUACUAUUGAAGCAGAUACAAUUGGUCCGGAUAAAAACGGCGCAGAUGCAGUUCGUCAAGACACAACUGGAGCAGACACAAAAUAUCCGUAUACAAAUGAAGCAGAUACAUUUAGCCCAAAUAUAAUAGAAGAUACAUUCUUUCCAGUCACAAUUGGAGCAGAUACGUAUGUUUCAGAUCCAAUUGAAGCCGGUACAAUUGGUCCAUAUACAGUUGGAGCAGAUACGUAUGACCCAAAUACAAUUGGAGGAGUUACGAUUGGUCCAGUUACUAUUGAAGCAGAUACAAUUGGUCCGGAUAAAAACGGAGCAGAUGCAGUUCGUCAAGACACAACUGGAGCAGACACAAAAUAUCCAUAUACAAAUGAAGCAGAUACAUUUAGCCCAGAUAUAAUAGAAGAUACAUUCUGUCCAGUCACAAAUGGAGCAGAUACAUAUGUUUCAGAUACAAUUGGAGUAGAUACAGUUGGUCCAUAUACAAUGGAGCAGAUAAUUUAUCCCAGAUACAAGAGAAGAUGCAUCAAUCCAGUCGCAAUUGGAGCCGAGCUGUUGUUGUCGGAAGGUUCACCGGUCAAGGAGGAAUAUGUGGGUGUUACAUUGGAAAUAGAAGAGGGAGUGGAAGGGGGUUCAAAUCUUAUUUGGGAGUGGAGAGGUUGA